UCUGUGUGUUGCAUACAGGAGGAGAGAAGCUCCGUCUCUCUCCGCACAGACUGAGAGCUGCAAACCCAGCUCUGAGCAUCAGUGAGCGGGUUGACAGGAGGAUGUGUAGAGGAUCUAUACAACCAGGACGAGAUGAGGAGGCUGAUAUCUGACAUGCAGGUUUUCAUUGUCGGUAUUUGGGGAUUUUUUGGAUGUGGAUCUGCAAUGGAGCGUCGAUCCAACGCGUGAGAGCUGCUGUGUGUUUGUGAGCUAAUAAUACAGACAAUAAGGAGAGCAGAUUAGCCAUUAGAGGUAGUAAUAAUUAAAGGAGGUGUUAUGUUAUUAUAGGCACUGUAGCUAUUUUCCUUUAUGAUAUGAUCAAGAAGCCAUACUGAAUUUGUUAUUAAUGAUUUAAAAAAAAAAAAAAUCAAUGGUUACACAAUUCACAGGCUGAUUAAAGGUGUCAUUACCAGGCUAUUUUUAUUUUAUAUUAUAUAAAUUGUUUCUUUUGUUUCUUACAAUAAGAAACCAGUCAUGUCAAAAAAUAAGAGCAGCGAGUCAGUGAAGGUGGUAGUUCGAUGCCGCCCUCUGAACCGGAAGGAGGAGCACGGUGGGCCUGCUGCGGGCGGCAGCAUCGUGAAAAUGGACCUGCGGCUCGGACAGGUGAUCCUCAGAAACCCUCGAGCGCCAUCCAGCGAGCCGCAGAAAACAUUCACGUUCGACGCGGUUUACGACGCGAACUCCAAACAGCGAGAUUUGUACGACGAGAGCGUGCGGCCGCUGAUAGAUUCGGUGCUCGCGGGGUUCAACGGCACCAUAUUUGCGUACGGACAAACCGGAACCGGGAAGACGUACACCAUGCAGGGGGCGUGGAUGGACCCGGAGAAACGGGGCGUGAUCCCCAACGCGUUCGACCACAUCUUCACGCACAUCUCCCGCUCGCAGUCCGAUAGGCAAUACCUGGUGCGGGCGUCCUACCUCGAGAUCUAUCUGGAGGAGGUUCGGGAUCUGCUCGAUCCCAACCACGGCAACGCCAGAGCCCUGGAGCUCAGGGAGAGUCCGGAGUCCGGCGUGUACGUGCGUGACCUCACGUCGUGCGUCUGCAAGAGCAUCAAGGAAAUCGAGGAGGUGAUGAACGUGGGCAACCAGGCGAGGGCGGUCGGGGCGACGGACAUGAACGAACACUCGUCUCGGUCUCACGCCUUGUUCCUGAUCACGGUGGAGUGCAGCCAGCCCGGGCCGGAUGGGAGGAAGCACAUCCGGGUCGGCCGCCUCAACCUGGUGGAUCUGGCUGGCAGCGAGCGCCAAGCCAAGACAGGCGUCCAGGGAGAGCGCCUCAAAGAGGCCGCCAAGAUCAACCUGUCCUUGUCGGCGCUGGGGAACGUGAUCUCAGCACUGGCCGAUGGGCGCAGCGGCCACGUGCCGUACCGGGACUCAAAGCUUACCCGACUGUUGCAGGACUCUUUGGGCGGGAACGCCAAAACCGUCAUGGUGGCCACCUUAGGCCCAGCCCCACAGCACUACGACGAGACCCUCACCACCCUCCGCUACGCCAACCGGGCCAAGAACAUCCAGAACCAGCCCAGAGUCAACGAGGAUCCCAAGGACGCUCUGCUGCGCGAGUUCCAGAUGGAGAUCGCUCGCCUCAGGGCCCAGCUCCACCACAGGAAGUGGAGGAGCAAACAGAAGAAGGAGCAGGUGGACGGCGAGGGCUGGGAGAGAGACGGAGACGAAGAGACGGACGGCGAGGAGGAGGAGGAGGAGGUGGAGAAGGAGGCGGAGGAGUACGUGAAGCUGGAGGAGCAGCGGUUGGAGAGGGAGAAACAGGACAUCAGAGAAGAUCAGUUCAUGUUGGCUGAGGAGAAGCAGAGGCUCCUGGGAGAGAAGGAGAGGAUGAUGGGAGAUCUGAGGAAGGAGCAGGAAGCCACCGAGCAGCUCACCGCCAAGUACAAGGCGAUGGAGAGCAAACUGCUGGUUGGUGGGAAGAACAUCAUCGAUCACACCAACGAGCAGCAGAAGAUGCUGGAGGUGAAAAGGCACGAGAUUGCUGAGCAGACGCAAAGCGAGAGGGAGAUCCAGCAGCAGAUGUUGGUCCGGGACGACGAGACGGUGGAGCUGAGAGAGACGUUCACUUCUCUACAGCAGGAAGUCGAGGCCAAGACCAAGAAACUCAAGAAGUACCUCAAGCUGUAUGCCAAGCUUCAGUGCAUCAAAGCGGAGAUCCAGGACGUGAACGACGAGCACGUGAGGAGCCGACAGGAGCUGGAACAAACUCAGAACGAGCUCACCAGAGAGCUCAAGUUCAAGUAUCUGAUCAUAGAGAACUUCAUCCCUCCAGAGGAGAAGAACAAGAUCAUGAACAGACUGACCUUCGACACCGAGGAGGACCAGUGGAAGUUUCAGCCUCUCGUUCCCGCUGAAAGUAAAUCCUCACAGAUGAAGAAAAGGCCGGCAUCUGCAGUCGGAUACAAACGACCAAUCAGCCAGUACGCCAGGGUUGCCAUAGCGAUGGGAGCUCACUCCAGAUACAGGGCGGAGAACAUCAUGUUUCUGGAGCUGGACAUGACUCCUCCGAACACCGCCUCGCUGGAUCGCUCAGCAGAGUCGGAGUCGAACCAAAGUCACUCUCUGGACAACUCGCCCACCAAGGAUGGAGGCAUCCGCAAGUCUCGGUCCUGGUGUCAGACCCCGAAAUCCAUCACUUCCUCCUCUUCUAAUGUCUCCUUGGCAGCGUGUCACACUGCCACGCCCAUGACGGCGCAGUAAAGCUUUAGUGAAGAGGAUUUUUUUUUUUAUUAUCGUUAUUUAUUUUAUUCCUUCCUCUUCCUUCUUUUCUUCUUCCUGUUUUGGCCAGUAAUCCUCUGGAAAGACACAAACACACCUGUGCUGAGUCCUGAGAGGUGAUAAACGACAUCAGGAAGCGAGCUAAAUGACCUGCUGAACCUCAGAAACUCUGUAAAAACACCACUUCCUGUUGUUCUACUGAUGUAAAGACCCUCCAGAACCCCUUCGUCCUUUUGCAUGAGCCUCGGAUCAUCCUUGUGUGUGUGGAUGUGUGAGUGUGUGUGUUUGUAUUACAGGGCUGUAUGAUUGCCUGUUUGUGUGUCUAAUUGUGACUCUGAAAGCUCACAAACUGCUUGAACUCCCCUGUAAGAUAUCAGUGUACAUAUUUCAUGUGUUUGGAGGGUUUUUUCGGGGGCAGGUUUGGUCUGUUUUCUGUGUUAAAGUGGAGACGAAAUGGAUGAAGACAGAAGGAAGUAUUGAUGUAACUUAUAAUGUUUGCUGUUGUUGGUCAGACGAGGUGCUCUGAAACCUGAAUGAUGACCUUUAUCACACCCGUUGUCUCUCAUUAUUCCUCCACAGUGUCUGAUUUAAAAAAUCAAAGCCUUAAAAUAAUGUAAUUAAAAUGAAAAUAUUGAGGCAUGUCA